AUGAAUACCUUAAGGAAGCGUUUCCAUCUUCUGACUCGGAAAAAAUGUAUAUCUGAAAUCAAGAAUAUUGCUCUAAAGUUCGAGGAAAAGAUUUAUAUGGCUGCCAGAAACCAGCCUUGCGCUCUUGAAACUCAACAGCCUCCUUUUAAAAGAAUAUGUAAUGAAGAUAAUGUCAAGGUUGGAGGCAAUGGUUCCUUCGUCAUCAAAGUCAAACCCUCCCUAUUCUGGUCUAAACACCUCGAAUCCAGGGAAAUGAUUUUAGCACUCCUGAUAUCACCUCCCACACUCCUCUACUCUCUCUCACAAGAGGAGUGCAUGAGGCAUCUGCACGGGUCGACUGUCAGUGUUUCAGCUCGGGUUCCCUUGCCAAACAGUGCUACUGAAAUGCCAACUCGCAGAAGUCGUAGGAAAUUUAUCAGGGCAAGGGGCACCUAUCAAUGUCAAGCAGGAAAACAUCUCACCAUCAUGUAUAGCCAGCAAAAACAACUACAGCAGUACCAGCAGCAGCAGCAGCAGAAACUCUUAAAACCUGCUCAGAAACAGACAUCUCAACAAUCUGUCAUGCAAACUCCUGCCAUACGGCCUUCUGAGACACAUGUUGCUCCACUUUCUGAUCUUCGGCAGGAUCAGAUGUCUUCUUUCGAGCAGACAACACGCUCUGUGAUUAAGAAUCAUCCUCACACAGCAUCUAGGCAAAUACACCAAUCACAAGAGACUCCUGAUAUCAUCAAAAUGUAUCAUCAAGACCAGAUAAUCUAG